UAUUACAAACAAGCCGGAAGUAAUAUUUCAACUCGGAUACAUGUAUUUGCCAAGUUGUUAUUCGUAAUUUGAACAAUUAUACACUUAGUUUCCAAAAUGAAUCGGGAGUAAAACAAUGUAAAUUGCUUUUGGGAUAAUUGGAGUACAAACUUAUGAUGCCAUAGGAAGUGUUCGUGGUUGGAGAAUAUAUUAUUGAAACCGGAUACAGGAGGAACAAAUUCGGACCAUAACUGAAGCCAUCGUCGGAGAGAGCAAAACAAUGGCGACAUGUUAUCUACACAUUUCAUGUACAUUAUUAUUGAUAUUACUUCUGAUCUGUCUUCCGACUAUGACGUCAACAGAGGAGGACGCAUGCGCGGACAACAACUGUGUUCUUUUUGGUGACGAUGCACUUGCGGUUCCGAAUAAAGCUGCUUGGAAAUACACAGACAAUGAAAAUAAUGCAGAAGAUAAAACAAAUGUCGGGUUAGACAAGAAUACUGCUCAAAAUCAGGACACAAUAGUAAUAGCUCAUGGCAAUAUUGGAUAUUCAUCGAGCGUUUCUCCUUCGAGCGACAACGAUGUGAUCAGGGACAGAACUGUCAAAGGCAAUGAUCAGACUUCAGGGAAGGUGGCCAAAGUGUCCAAUGCUUACGAGUUCCCCCCAUUGACUAGGAUUGACCCUGGGACGGUGGGCCAAAGGGUUGACGUAGAACUAGAAGAUGGUCGCUUCUUUACGCGUAUAACCAGGGCUGUGGGGCCUCCAAUAUUCGAAAUCCCGAAGUUUUUGUCGGAUGAGGAAUGCGACCAUAUAAUAGAGUCUGCGAAAAACAACGGUUUGAACGUAAGUAACUUGUUUGGCGCCGAAAUCCAAGAUGAACUGAAUUCUGACAUCCCUUUGGCCGAGAUUUCGCGAGUGAGUGAGCAGACAUGGCUUCAGAGGUCGCACUUGGGUGAAGAUUUCUUGAAUCGUCUACACAAAAGGUUGGCCAGACUAACGGAGCUCGACAUCGGAACUAUUCGCCGGAGUGAGCAUGUACAGGUGGUGAGUUACGUUCCAGGUGGCCACUACCACGCCCAUCUGGACUCCAUUGAUCGCUACGAUCGACCAUGUUGCUUUCAGGAGCGUUGCGAUGACAAGGCGCUAACACCACAGUGGGCUGAUUGCUGCAGACUUUGCAGGUACAUAACCGUCCUGUAUUACCUGAACGACGCUGAAGAGGGCGGGGAGACAGCCUUCCCCCUGGCGGAUGCGAGCGACGCUACACUGGCGGAGAAAUUUGAAAACUUGGAGGAACAGGAGUGGUACAAUCUGAGUUAUUAUUGCUACAACUCGAGUUUGGUGGUGAAACCGGUCCGUGGAACGGCCAUCAUGUGGUACAACCACUUAAAAGACGAACAGACUGGUUACCUCGGAAAAGCGGACCAACGCUCGCAGCACGGAGGAUGUGAUCUCAUAAAGGGAAGCAAAUGGAUCGCAAACAACUGGAUUUCCUCGCCAUCGUCCGAAGACAGAUUCAAACCGAGCCACUUUUAUACUGAAUCAUAAACAUGAAAUUUGUAAAGAAGAACUAAUCUUAAUAUUGCAUUAGCGUUUAUCCACGCGCAGAUAAAAGACAGAAUCAAUAUUUCUCGUUUUUACAAAUUGUUGUGCACGCCAUAAGAAGAUGGUACUACAUUCUUUCUCAAUAUCACUUUGCUAGUAAUUGUACAAUUGUGUUUGUCAUUUAAAACCGAGAAAGGAUACUAUAAUGGUUAAGUUUAUAUCUUUAACAUGAUAAGCGCAUAUUAUUAUAUCAGACUCUUUAAACCAAUAACGAUGUUUUUCUUGCGCAUCAAAACACUCAAGACAGGUCUGCAAAAAAGAACAUAGUUUGACAUGUACAUGUGAUUGAAAUAUAACGUGGCGGGUCAUUUUAAAUUCAUAUGCAUGUUUCCUUAUCGUUAGAUGUGUGAGCAACAAAAUCGAUUCUUCGUUAUGACAUGUUUUUGAUUAAAAUACAACGGAAUGAUUAACAAUGGAAGGUUGUUUAGUUACUAACAACGACAAGUCAAAACUUAUUUUUAAACACACAGUUUGUUAUAAUGUAAUGAACAUAAACAUGUAUUUGAAUUGGUAAUUACUUAAAAGUAUUAGUAGAAUCCUAUUACAUUGAUAGUUACUUAUAUGAUUGUAAUAUAUAUUGAUGAAUCCCAUCGGUGCUUUUAAAUAUAUAAUGGCAUUUGCAGAUUAUAGUGUGCGAUAAAUUAAUGAUUCGAAUUAUUUUAUGUUUUUGUAUUCAGUCAUUUUAAGGAAUACAUAAUAAAAUAUACAUUUUUAUGUACGCUAUUCUCAUAAUCAUUCAAACACAAAAGCACGUUUGGUGACUCUGUGAAUUGUUCUUUGAUUGUCAAAACAUGUGUGAACGAAUCCUACAACUAUAUUUAUUUGUCAAUUGUACAUACAGUGAUUAGUUUUUAAUUAUUUAUUUUAGAUAUGUGCUGCAAUUGAUAAACCAACCCAGCUAAGAA